UGAUAUUGUGUCACACGCGAAGUUCUUUAGCAUUUGCAGAAUGGAUUAAGUGUAUUUCCAGGGGAAAAAUCUGGUUUAUGGAGUAACAAAUUGAAUAAUUAUAUAUGCCGGUUUUGUUUUAUAAUUUGUGUAAAUUAUUUAGCACGUGAACAGGUGCGCUUUUAAUUGUCACCAAAACAAUGUCAAAUUUAAUGGCGGGGUGUCCCAAGACAAUUUUAUUACACACCUGUGUAUUAACGUGUGUAAUAUUAAUUCAUGGAUUUAACUUAGAUACAAGUAUACCAGUAGUUAAAAAAGGACCGGAUAACAGCUAUUUUGGAUUCUCAGUUGCUCAACACCAAGAAUUAAAGAAGUUUAAUGCGUCUAGAUUGUCAGACGAAGUAAUUGGAAAUUAUAUCCUAGUAGGAGCCCCAAACCUCAAUAUUGCCCAGUCUAACGAGAACAACACGGGCGGCAUUUUCAAAUGUAAUGCCCUCUCAACGUUAACCAAUGAUUGUCAACUACUGCUUCAAGAUGAAUAUGCCUCUAAUUCCCAGAAGGACCCAGGUCGAGAAAACCAGUGGCUUGGGGUUGUCGUGCGGAGUGGAGGUGCUGGAAAAGGGGUCGCGGCUUGCGCUCAUCGAUACAAAGAGAUCAAGACGAACCCUUACAAUAUUUACGGCCUGGGCUCAUGCUAUCAGCUCUCCCAGGACCUCCAAUAUGAUGCGGCAAUGGGCAUCGGUAAUCUACUGACUCCCUGUAAGGGCCUCGCAAAGUCGAAGGAACACGAGGAAUAUGGAUUUUGUCAGACGGGAAUCUCCGCUUAUGUCACAGAGGAUGAGCAUCUGGUUAUGGGAUCUCCAGGAGCCAUCAACUGGAGGGGCAUGUUGUCUGAGGUUGACGUGGCUCCGACUUUCGCCAUCAAGCGCAUGUACCGAUCGCCUACUAUAGAUUCCGACCCCGUGUUACCCCCUGUGCCACUGAUCUCAUAUCUAGGUUAUUCCUCGGUUGGCGGGAAGUUCGACAACACGGACCGCAUGUACUACGUCUCUGGUGCACCCCGCAGUUUUGCAAAUGGUCAGGUUGUCUUCUUUACUGAGAUGACAAGCGGGAAUUUCCUCAGUUAUGAUCAGAGUCAGAUUUUGUCAGGAGAGCUGCCUUUCUCAGGAUUUGGACACGAAGUACUCGCUGUUGAUCUCAACAAUGACGGCUAUGAUGACCUAGUUGUUGGCUGUCCGUAUUACUUCAACGAGUCUGACUCCAGUAUUAGGGUCGGAGGAGCGGUGUAUGUCUACAUUGGCAAUGGGGACAUGAUCACCCAGUACACGAAGCCCCAAGUCAUAAAGGGGCGUACUGUGAACCAAGAAGAUUGUAACGCUCUCAAAUGUCUACAUGCCCGGUUUGGCUUCAGUCUGUCCCGAGCUGGCGAUCUUAAUAAGGACUCGUACCAAGACUUUGCAGUGGGUGCCCCUUAUGAGGGGAGUGGAGCUGUAUAUAUCUAUCAUGGCUCAGCAAAGGGUGUUAAGGAACCUUUCUCACAGCGUAUCUAUGCAACUGAUCUAGAAGAUGCUACAGGCUGGUCAACAUUUGGCUACUCCCUGUCAGGAGGGAUGGACCUUGACCAGAACUCCUACCCUGACCUGCUUGUGGGCAGUUAUGUUGAUAAUAAGGUUGCCUUCCUUCGAACACGUCCCAUCAUUAACCUGCACUCAAAGGUCACCGUCUCCCCGGACAAACUCAACAUGAGCUCCAGUGCCCAUCGCAGCUGCUCUGUCGAUAGUUUCAUGUACUAUUGUGUGGAAAUCAAGCUUUGCCUGAGAUACACUGCUGAGCCUGUUGAAAGAUUUAACGACCCGGUUGACAUCAUCUACACCAUCACAGCCGAGCCCUCGCGGUUCAACUCCCGUGUACAUUUCCAUGUAAACCAGGACUACACACAGUCUGUUGAAGAUACAUUCAGGCUUCUGUCCCAGAGCCAGACAGGCCUUCCAGAUGCGAGAGAUCCUAAAUUUUCUUGUGUAACGCAGACAGCAUACCUGAAGAGCCAGUUCACAGACGUCUUAAACCCUAUCGAGUUUGGUAUCAGCUACAACCUUCCUGAGAGAACUGAGCCCAUUCCUACCACCUCCCCCGGGGCUCUGCCCGAUAUCAAUGAGCACCCGAUACUGGAUACAGGUCUUACCCAGGCAGAAACAAUGGUUAUCUCCAAGGUAAAGUUUGUUAAGAAGUGUGGCGAAGAUGAUAUCUGUCAGAGCAACCUGCUGAUGACCAUCGACCUUCCUGAUCUCAAGAAGAUGAACAACAAAUAUGUAUUGGAAAUCGGAGACCAGACUGUGCUUCGUGUCGCUGUAGAGGUUGAAAAUAAAGGAGAAAUUGCAUACCAAGCGAGUUUCUUUCUUGUUAAGCCAGAGUCUCUUGUUUGGAAGAAUUCUGUACCAGCACAGGGGGAAAUAGGUUGCUUUAGUGUCAACAGCACCUUGAUCGAGUGUAAUGAGUUCGGAAGCAAAGAGAUGGGGAAACCGUUGUUUGCUGGGGACAAGAAGAACUUUGACCUGUUCUUCCAGAUAAAAAAAUCUGUCAUGUCCACCGUCAGAUCAUUUGAGAUGACUGGAUUUGUGAAUACGUCUAGUGAAGAAUUAACCAAGGAGUCGGACACACUGGUCAUUCCAAUAACUGUUUUUGUGAACGCUGAUUUACAAGUUAGUGGACAAAGUGAGCCAGACAGUGCUAUUCCUUACUCUGGUGAUAUUAGAGGGGAAAGUGCCAUGGAAAAUGAGAGAAUGAUAGGACCUUCGGUCAACCAUACAUUUACAGUGUACAACAAUGGUCCGGGAACUGUGGAAGCAUCUGAAAUUACCAUUUUCUGGCCCUACGAGGUCCAGAGCACAUACCCACAUGGAAAACACCUUCUCUACCUCAUGAAUUCACCACAGGUUAUAAGUGGAGAUGCUACCUGUUUUGAUCAGCCUGAGAUUAUCAAUGUUGUCGGAAUUGAGGAGGACUAUUCUACCAAUAAACGACCUCGUACAUUUCUCGUCGAGGGCUCAUCGGGCGAUCCAGGCUACACUGUGCAAAAUAAGCGCCGUCGUCGGGAGGUGAAUUCGGUCGAUAACAAACCGAUGGAAGUGCGUGAAGAGGAGCCCAAAAUAGGAGAGGCCCGGGAGCGGAAAAAUAUUGCUCUCUUGGAUUGUGAUAGAAACACAGCCAAAUGUUAUGAGAUUCGAUGUAAACUAGGCAUUUUAGAGCCUUAUAACAGUGUGAAAAUUCGUCUCCGGUCCAGAUUGUGGGAAAGCACAUUGCUUGAGGAUUUCCGACAUGUAGAUGAAGUUCACAUACGCUCAAAGGCGAAGAUAUUUAUCCGACCUGAGCUGAAUGUUUUACAAGAGGAUACCAAAAAUGAUGUCACAUAUGCACGGACAGUAGCCAUCCCAAGUAUUCGGAUUGUACAAGAAAAGCCGUUGGAAUGGUGGAUCUAUGCCCUCGCUAUUCUGGGAGGUCUUGUGCUGUUGGUGUUGCUUGCUCUUUGUUUAUGGAAGUGUGGUUUCUUCAAGCGACAGCGGUAUGAUAGUAUGACAACUUACAAUGUAAAGGUGGAGAAAAAACGCGAUAUCAAGAACCCAACACACAAUACAAAAGUGGAGACCCAUAAAGACUACAUAGAUGAAAAUGAAGUGUUUCUCAAGCAUUGAUGAUAGGAUAAAAGUUAAAUUUUCAAACAAUAUAUCAAAUCAAGUAAGGCCCAUUUCCAGUCUAGAGCUGUAUUACAUGCAAAAUAUUUUUUUGUUUACAAUUUUGUGUGAAAGUGGACAGAAACUUAAAAGAAAAUGUACAUUUCUUUGGGAAUAACUUUUGAAAAAUGUGGAAAUUAUUUAGACAUCUCAAAAAAAUGUUGGGUAUCCUGACAAUUUAUGGGAAAUUUAUCAAAACUUUAUUGAUAAAUUACCGAAAUUUAUGGUAAAUCUACUUCAAAUCUGGUUAUUCUGCUGAAACUUUCUAGGAAAAAUAAACUGAAAAUAUAUGGGACAUCUUCUAAAUAUUUAUGGACAUUUAAAUGUACAUAACUGUUAUCCAUGAUUUUAAAAGUGACUUUAGAUUAUGUUUUUAAACCAUAUUUGCUCCAGAAAUUUAAGAUCUCUUUUUAAGUAGCGAGACAUGCCAAAACCGUUUGUUGAAUUAUUUUUAUAACUUUCAUUCGGUCUCAAAUAUUGGGAAAAUCAUUUAAAAACAACAAAUUCUUGAAUUAUGGUAUUAUUCAUGAUUAUUUCUUAUAAUUAUAUAAAUGUAGUUUUGGCACGUCCUUUUAGUAUAAAUGUUAGAGCAUAAUACUGUGCCUUAUAAGUUAUAGCUUCGGCCUUUUAUAGUUUAGUUAAUCAGGCUACUAAUCCAGAAGAGAAUUACCGAAUUUUACGAUAGAUAGUUUAUAUUCCAAUGAUAAAUUAAUACACAGAUGAUUAAGGGUGAGAAAAAUCAAUUUCAUUUUCAAAAUAAGAAUUUCAAGAUCUUUCUGAGGUCAACUUGUACAAUUUGUAAAAAAUUGUAAAAAACUUAACAUGAUCUUAAGUAAGCAGGCAAUAAUUUUAAACAUAACCACAUAUAAACUAUCAACAUUUAUAUUUGGUAGAUAUAUUUUAAAGCUGAUGUAAUAAAUAUAGGCGAGUAUUAUAGUGAAUAAUUUAAUAGGCUAAUUGCUUAAAUACUAGUCAGUUAUGGGAUGCUUAAUAGCUUUACUAUUGAUAUUUAAGUAGUCAUUAUGUAAAGAUUAAUAGUAUGUAGUUACAAAAAUAAAUGAUUGAUGUGAUGCAGUCGCAUAACCAUUUACUUUGUGGAAGUACAUUAUAAGAAUCUUUCUGUUUUUAGUGGUCUACAUAAUAUUUUGUAAACUACCCACUAACUGGGCCAGCCUCUGUUUAUAUCUGCUGUUAUAAUUGAUUUAAAUCAAUUACAGCUGACUGCUGAUUUAUUAAAAUAUAUUCAUUGGACGCUAAAGAAAUAUUGCCUUCUCUUUGGACAAAAUAUUAUGUUGACCACUAAUAUUUAAUAGGGAGUAUUACAUAAUCAGUAGAUUUGUUACUGAAUACACAAUGCAGCUUAAUGGUCUAUAUAAUUGAGUAUUCUUUUUGUAAGAGAAUAACUGGUACUGUAUACCUCUGGAAUAUUUCUUGGAUUUUUUUUUUAAAUAAAACUUUGUCAUGAUGCUUUCACUUCACUUUGUUCUAUAGAAUCAAGAGUGCUCAGUUAUAUAUAUGUGAGCAAUAUUUCAUUGGAAUAUUUUUGAAAGGAAAAAUCUAAAACCAUUGGCAUAAUGCUUUUAUGUAACUAUAUUUUAUAAUAAUUAUCCUGGCCAUUUUUGUUGGAUGUUUUUGGCUAUUUUCAUUUGAGAAAAAAAAUACAUGUGUAUAGUGCAACCCUCUCUGUUUAAUGACAUUAGGAAAAUCAUGACACAAUGUUCAAUUUAGGUAAAAAAAUAUUUAAAUAUGAGAUAUGUUUUAAACAUUCCAAUGUAUGAGUGUAAAUAAGAAUGGAAUUGCAUGAAUAGUUUUGGAGUUAUAAAAAAAGUCAGCGUAAAAUUUUAUCACCCCUCAGAUGUGUUUAAAGAAAUCUAAAGUAUGAACUAUAGCUGACACUAGAACGAUUCUACAGAAACAUACACACAAAGUACUUAUUCCAACCAAUUUGAAACAUGUAAGUUUUAAGAAUGACAAGGUCUUACUUAAUAUGCAUUAUAGUGCUACAUUGUUAAUUGUUGGGCCCGUCUAAGUGGGCCCAUUAAAGGCAGCCAAGCGCAAAACCUUCCAUAAACAAUUAUGGUAGUAAUAUACUUCUUGUACUGUUCAUUUGAUAACAUAAUCAGUGCUAAAGUUAAAAGAAAAUUGCAAAAUGAAGUGACAAAAUCUGAAACUCAUUUUGAACAAUUCUCCAUAAAGAAUGCCUGGUUCAUUGUUAGUGGUAUAAUACUACAUGAACUGUAUGCACUGGGAUUCAAAGACAUCUAAAAAUAGGUCAUUUCGAUUUUAGCCAGAAAUUGAAGAGGUUGGAUGCCUUUAAGUCUACAUUCCAAAUUGUAGUCAACAGUGUUUAAAAUUAACAUAAAGCGAUAGUUUAGCCAAUCAACAUUCUUACAUUUUUAUUACAUGUUAAAAUAGUACUAUUAAUUAUUGUAUCUAUAGGUUUCAUUUCAUUUCAUUUUAACAAUCUCAGACUUCAUUAAUGUUUUAUGCCAUUACUCUGCACAUUUUAACAACCUGUUAGGGUAAAGAAUAAAAUAUAUGAAUUAUACAAUCAUGUAAGUUGUGUAACUUUCCCUAAAAUGCCUUGUCUGUGAAUGAAAUAAGACCACAUGUAUAAUAUAAAUAAUACUGCUCUUCCCUUAUUAUAUAAUUCUGUAUAUAAUAUAAUUAUAUUUUCUAUCUAUGUGUACCGUUUAAGGGCUUUUUUACGUGACAGCAUUACUGUGUUGUUUUGUUUGUGUUUAUAAUUACAAUACAUUCAUCACCAUUUUAAGUGCCAUUCAGUUUGUAAAACCAAGUUCUUUUUAUCAUGUCCAAAUAAUUAUUUCCCAGUGGAAAAAAGUUAACUGUACAUGUCUUUAAUUGGUUUCAGGACAUUUGAGGGGCGUUUCAAAAAAGAUAUUAGUCAAUUUUAGAUUUUAAAUUAAAAUUACCUUAGUGUCAUAGUUUUUUUUAUUUUGAUACACUAUUUGUGUGAAUUGAACUUAACCAGUAUUAAAAUUGAACACAUAGUUAAUUAAAUAACAAAAAUCAACUUGAUGACAUUUGUGAACUCUUUCUACAAAUUUAUGAUUAUUGAAGUAAUAAAAAUCCUUGAUUGAAACCAGCCAUGUUCCAUGUUUUAACAUACAAGGCCAACUCUGAUGUAAUGGUGUUGUUGUUUUUUCAAAUCACGUGUGACUGUUUUUCAGAAUAAUGCUGCUUUUUCAAGUUAUUCUAUUCAAGUACCAGUCAAUAUUUUUGCAUGCACAGUUACUUUUAUUUCUCAGUUUUACAUGUUCUGAGGUAAACCUGCUGACUAUUAUAAUUUUCAGGAGCAGCUGUUUGUAAAAUUAAUUUGAUUGAUUUAAUUAUUUAGCUAUUGUAUGCAUUAUAAAAUCUUAGCUAUUAAAAACAAAUAUACUUGGAACAAUAAUUUCUACCUUAUCUGUUAUUGAAAUGUAUACACAGUUGAUAAGUACCUUUAUUUUGAUGUUUGAAUCAUGCUUUCUAUGUGUUUAUUGCAAAUAUUUCAUCAUGUAAUAUUAUUUUGUAUAAUUUCAUAUUCAAUGUAAAUAACAUAAUGUCACCGUUAUCAUUGUCAUGUUUUGUUUUCAUACUGUAAAUUCAUUACAUUAUGUAUAUACAUGUAUAUUUCGUGGAUUGAAAGUGUAAAGCAACUAUGUGCUUAUUUUUUCAAUGACACAUAGAAUGUUUUUGCUUUUAACUUCCAUUUGCAUCAUCAAUGUUACCCAGGUGCUUUAUGCAGCCUGCUUUGAGAUAACCAGUCUCCACAAUGUAAAAAGCUAUACCCUAUUGUAGUUUAGUCACCCUCUUCCCUACAGGACCCUAGGCCAAACACUACCCUAUUUUACCCUUCCCAGUAGUUAUUGAGUCACCUUAUUAGGUUUUAAGUCACCAAACCUUUUGAAUGUACAAUACAAACCAUGUGAUUCCAAUAUUAGUGUCAAACACCAAUUAUCCUAGAAUAAGCAGUAGCUCUAGCCUAUAUAAUAAUAAAUUUAAAAAAUGCCUUGAACUAUUGGCAAUUACUAUAGCCUAGCCUUUCUAUCACAACCGAUUGAUAAAUAGUUGCUAAAGCAAGUAUUACAUCUUGUUAAGAUCAUUCAGGAGAUGUUUGUUAAUCUAUUUGAUAUUGCAACCACAUGCUUUAUUUAUUUUUUUUACAAAAUACAAUCCAAUGAUUGGUCAAAUAAUUGUUGGAUUAACAACUGGUGGCUGGUCAAAUGUCCAUUGAUCUUACCAUUAUUAACAUGACCAAUGUUGAUGUCUUCUCUAAAUAAUUUCUGUAAAUCUUAUAUUAGUUUAUAGUAAUUUUGUAGACAUACAAUUAUGAUGAUAUUUGCAAAUGGGCAUUAUUGAUUUAUGCCAUCUGUAUAAUUCAAUUAAUUUUGUGUGUGUCAGAAACAGAAAUAUUUUGACAUAGUGAUUAAUAUAUAAGUAUAUUUUAUAAUAAUGAGAGAUGCAAAGAUCAAGUAAACAAAUUUGAGUAAAACAAAUAAAAAUACUCUACAUCUUCUUAUGCCUUCAAAGUAAAGUAUGGUAUUAUGGUACACUUAAGAACAAUCUGUCUGUAAAUAUAUAUGUUUUACUUUUUUGCUACAUGUCAGAGAAAACAAAAGUUGUCCAAACUGUAGAUUGGUCUAAGAAGAUACAUCUACACCUUGUUCUUGAGUUUCAUUUUGUUGAGAGUUUGGCGUUCUGUACACUUUCAGUAUAAUGACACAAAAAUGUACAUAAUAGUGUGUUUCAUCACACAUGAUUUUUUAUAGUGAAUUUGUUAAUUAACAGUGAUUUGCAUUUCAGUAUUUUUAAUCCUAAAACAUUCCAUGUUUUAUUCUGUAAUUCCUCUUCCUUACCCUUCUCAAAAAAAAAUACACUUUUUACCAAAACGCGCUUAAAACGCACUAAAAAGUGUAUUUUUCCUGCGUUUUUCUGAAAAAGUGUAUUUAUUCUGCGUAUUUUUAUGAAUAACUGCGUAAUAAGUGUAUCUUUUCUAAAUAAGUGUAUUUUUUCUGCGUUUUUUGUGUGAAUAAGUGCGUCUUUUCUAACAUAAGUGCGUUUAAGUGUAUUUUUUCUGUCAAUAAGUGCGCUUUUUAUACAGAAGUGCGUUAAAAGUGAAUCUUUUAGGUUUUCGUUUUCAGCAGAGUGCGUUUUAAGUGGAUCUUUAAAGGGAAAAGUGCGUCUUUUAUUUUGUUUCUUUUUUACCACCAAUAAGUGCGUUUUAAGUGCGUUUUUUAUUUUGAUAUUUUUCUGACCACCAGUAAGUGCGUUUUAAGUGCGUCUUUUUGUUAAGAAGUGAAUCUUUUACUUUUUUUUAAUAUUAAUGUGAAUCAUGCCCUUCUCAAAAUAACAUUUAUGAAAUACACACAUAAAUACAAGAAUAUGAAUGAAUGAAUGAAUAAAUCAACCGGUAAAUAAGCAUUUUAUUAUUGAUCAAUAUACCUUCAAAAUAAAAAAAAUAAAAUAAUGAAAUAAAAAGAAAGAUUAUUUUAAAAAUCAAAAAUAUAUUAUAAUUUUUUAUUUAUUGUGUAAUCAAAAGAACACAUUUUACUUAUAGGCAAGAAUCAAUUGCAUGUAAUUACAACAUUUAUAGAAUUAUUAUUCCUUAAGUUUCUUGUAAUGACUACCAAAUUCUUUGUCAUUUCCUUUCCAAUUUUACAACAUGCAUGAUAAGCCUGAUCUUAUCUGAUUGUACCAAGGACCAAUUAAAUCUCAGCAUUUAGGGAGCCAAUUUCAAAUCAAAGCUACUGGUAGCCAUUUUGUUGGGAUUUCAUUAAAAGAAUAUUGAUGAUGUUUUAAUUAAUAAAUGGAUUUUAAUACACCAAUUAAAACAAAUUAAUAUUAAAGGGAUUAGUGAAAUAAAAUAAUGAUCAUUAGAUCAGGUAAAUAUGAGUUAUGAUUAGAAACAUAACAAUACCACUAUUGGAUGAUUUGUGAUAAACUGACAUGUGAAAGCACUCAGGUCAUGGUAUGUAUUCUUUAUUUCAGUUGUUAAUUUCACUGUUAUGACACUUGACUACUUGUGGGACUUUUGUUUGUCAACUUUCAAUCUAGUGCACAUAUUUUAAUAAAUAACAAUGCUUUUGUAGAUAGUAGCUGGAAGUAGGAUUAUUGGUCCCAGAUAGUAGAUGUAGUUUUAAAACUCUAUGAAGAUGCACUUGUUUUUAUCCUUAUAUAUGUUAAUAUAAUAUUAACAUAUUAAGCAGAAAUUGCCAUGUUUCCAUAAAUAUGCACACUAGCACCUUUAAAGUUAUACAAAUGAUUACAGUGUUGGUUUUUGGAGGGGUCAUAAAACUGUCAUCUUCCACAUGGCUUACCAGUUAUUGGAAACUGGCCAAAUUGGGUCAAUCAAUUUAAGUACUAAUAAAGUCAUUACUUAUUUAAAAUAUGAUACCCUGUUUUAUUCCAGAGCUGUCAGGAAUCUCUAGAUUUGACAAAAAUAUAACAAAAGAUUCUUGAGACUGUCAUUUUCCAAUUUGUAGCUUACAGUUUCAUGAUUUUCUAUCAAUUAUUUUUGCCACUGAGUAAAAGGUUAUUUUAUUAUUGCUAAAUUUUACAAAUAUGUACUUGUUUGUCUGACUGUAAAUACAUUAUGUCCAGUUACAAGGUGUCAUGUUAAAUUAAUUAUGAGAUAUAUUUUUUUUUAUAUGUAACACAAACUCAUGUUUAGGAAAUUUAAAUGAAACAAAAUCAGUAUUUAUUUAUUCAAAUGUGUUCUAUUUUUGAUGGUUCAAUAUAUAUAUAAAUAAUAUAUUAAAAUUGUCCAUUUUUUAUUUUUGCAAAAAUGGACACUUUUAAUGCAGGUAAAAUGCACCUGAGUGAAUUUGUGCUCUUUUUUAACACAGAAAAAUGCUCUUUUAAUGCAUUUUUUUUUCCAUAAAAUUUGGGUGCAAAAGAUUCACUUUUAAUCAGUAAAAACGGAAGUGCGUUUUAAGCGCGUUUUUUAGGGAUCAAAACGCACUUCUUUACUGAAGUGCGUUUAACUGCGUUUUUUAACCCCAAAAUGCGCACUUAAAACACAGUUGAGUGCGUCUUUUCUAGAAGUGCGUUUUUACCUCCAAAAAGCGAACUAAAAACGCACUUUCAAGAAGUGCGUAUUCUUUCUAAAAAAACGCACUUAAGUGCGUUUUAACUGCGCUUUUUGGAGGUAAAAAACGCACUUCCAGAAAAGACGCACUCAACUGCGUUUUAAGUGCGCAUUUUAUAAAAAAAAAAACGCGGUUUAAACACACUCAGUGCGUUUUUUUUUUGUGUAAGUUCGUUUUAAGUGUAUUUUUUUUUGUUAAAAAACGCACUUAAAAUACACUCAAGUGCGUUUUUAGUGCGUUUUUUGUAAAAAGUGCAGAAAAAAUACGCUUAAGUGCGCUUUUCUGUUCAAUUUUAUUCACUUUUUACGCAGUCGGUAAGAAAAAUACGCUUAAAAACGCAGUGCCAAUACCGCUGCGUUUAACGCGCGUUUUCUGCACGUUUAACGCGCGUUAAACGCGCGUUUUCCGCACUUUUUUGAGAAGGGUACAUAGGAUCACAUGUUACACCAAAACAUUAUGAAAUGGUCUCAUUCUGACUAAACCUCGUUAUCUGUGUUUUUAUGUAUUUUUUCCUCCUACCAUAAAAAAAAAAUCAAUGAAAAAAAGUUCAAAACAGUAAUUGACAAUUAUUCCACUUGCAUGAGUAGUGUUUCGUUACCCUUGGUUCUAAAUAUACCGGUUUUGUUGCCCAUUUUAACCCUUUCCCACACCCACCCACACAUACAAUAUACAGUGUAGCUAUUACCCUAAUUAAUGCAUUCCAGCUUUUUAGCCAUAAAUUGUUUUAUAGUGUGUUUUCUUUUGCUUUGUACAAGAGUAUGUGUAGGAAAGCGUAUGAAUGUGUAAUGUACUUAUGUAAUAUAUGGUAUAUAUAUGUAAAGAAUAUUAUAUACUUGUGUUUCAUUUAUAAUUUUGUUAUACUAUAUUCAGUGUGUUGUGAAAUGUUGAUGCACAGUUUUCAAAUGAACCACAGCAAGAAGUAAGUGCCCACUGUUCUAUUUCUGAUUUUUUUUGUGACUCCAAAUAUUUCAUUACUGUAUCAUUUAUGCAAACUCACUGUAUACACAUGUUCAAUGGUGUUUGAAAUAAGAAUACAUGUGACAUUUGUGUUGAAAAGUAAGCCAUUUACAUUUUGUUUGUGAUCAUUUGGAUUGAUUUUUUUCUGAAUUAUUAUUUAGCAGACUAUAAUGUGUGGUCAGUACACAGUUAAAGAAAUGUGAUUUUCGUAUUGAAAUGUACUUGAUACAUCUGGUAAGAUUUCCGUAAAGUCAUCACCUUUAAUAACAUGCCUUAAAAAUACAAAUAAAAUAACAAGGUUCUCUGAAACACUGAAAUUCUGCAAUGAAAUAGUUAUCAUUGAUUAAAAAAUAACCACACAAUGAGAAUGAAAUGUUUGUCAUGAAAAUUUGUAAAUUGUAUGCAUUAUUACUCACUUGUAUGUUUUAAAUAGUCAUUAUUUGAUGCUUAAAUUCAAUAAAAUGAAUAACUCC